AUGGCAGAAAAUUCUAAGAUAAAUAAUUUAAAAUACUAUAUUCAUUGGUUGGAUAAUUCGAUAUCUGAGGAACAUAUCAAAUAUUAUAAAUAUUCAGACUUUACAAAUAUUCAACAAAUAGGAAAAGGAGCAUACGGAAUUGUUGUUCGUGCUAAUACAACUCAUCAAAUAAAUGAGUAUUAUUCUUUAGUUUUGGAAUAUGCCAAUGAUGGUACAUUAAAUACUUACUUAAACAAUCAUUUCGAUGGACUUGGUUGGAAUGAUAAAUAUCGUUUAGCGUUGCAAUUGGCAAGUGCCGUAGAAUUUUUGCAUAAAAAAGAGAUUAUUCAUCGUGACCUGCAUGCAAACAAUAUACUUGUACAUCAGAAUAAUAUUAAAUUAGCAGAUUUUGGACUAUCAAAAAAAAUUGCUGAAGCAUCGAGUAGUGCAUCAAGAAUACUUGGUGUAAUACCUUAUGUUGAUCCAAAAAAAUUCAAUGAUCAAAAUAAAAAUUAUAAAUUAAAUGAAAAAUCUGAUGUAUAUAGUAUUGGAGUUUUAUUGUGGCAAAUUUCAAGCGGGUGUGAACCAUUUAAGAAUAAAGGUUAUGAUUAUGAUGCAAGCUUAAUGUUGUUCAUAUUAAAAGGUAAAAGAGAAGAAAUGAUUUAUGGAACACCUGUUGAGUAUAAUAAAUUAUAUACAGAGUGCUGGAAAUAUGAACCAAAUGAACGUCCAAACAUGCAGGAAGUUGUUUCAGCUCUUAAAGCAAUAAUUUCUCCAAACCAAAAUGAUACAUUUAUUGAUAAUAUUAAUAAAAGGAAAGAACCCGAAAAUUAUAAAUCAGUUUCAAAUUUAAGUGAUAGAACUACAGAUCUAAACAAUGAUUUAAUAAAUGUCAAAUCAUUAAAUAUUGAUGGAUAUGAAAGCGAGUUAAAGGCGAAAUCUGAAUAUAACCCAUCAAGUGCAUCAAAUAAAGCAGGAUCAUCGAUGGACGAUACAUAUUAUUAUAGAAAUCAAUCACUUCUCAAACCGGGAAAAGAAAAUUUUACAAAUAACGCUAAUGAAAAGGAAAACUUGGAAAAAUAUAAGUCAACUUCGAAACUAAGUAAAGGAACUAUAGAUAUAGUAGUAAAUAAUGAUUUAAUAAGUGUUCUUGGAUCUUUAAAUAUUUAUGAUGAACACAAAAGCGAGAUAAAAGUGGAGUUUGAAAAUAGUUCAUCAAGUACAUCAAAUCAAGCAAUAGAACCAUCAACAGAGGAUGCGUGCGUUUAUAACAACCAAUUACUUUUCAAACUAGAAAAUGAAGGAUUUAUUACACCGGACGAAAAAGUAAAAGAGCUUGUAAAGGAAUUGACUGAACCGAAAUUUUUAUAUGCUCUAAAAUUACUUUUUGAAAAUUUGAAGAAUGAUUUUUCAUCCCAAGUCUUAGUAGGUUCAUUAAAAUCAUUAACCAAUCCUACUCUAUUUGAUUAUUAUUCAGAAGAAAAUGUGGUGAGAUUGGAAUUACAUUUACGAGUCUGGAUAGCUGUUUUAGAGCGUAUACAAUUUUCAAAUUCACCAAUAGUCCUAAGUAAAGAUCUUUUAGAUAAAGUUUGCAAUUCUCUGGCAAAAUUUGUAGAAAUUUAUUAUAAAACAAUACAAGUUAUUGAUAAAUCAAAUCUCAAUCAACAAAGGAAUAAAAUGUACAACUAUAAUAUUGAUUUUUUAUUAAUUUACUUGCAAGAUAUGCUAUAUAGUUUACGUGAUGACAUAACUUGGUUUAAAGAACUUAUAAGAAGAAUUAAAGAUUUGUUAAAACCCAUUUUAAAUAUUACACCAUCGUCUCAAGCUUCUAUUUCAGAUGAAAAUUAUUCAAUUGAGUCAAUGAUUGUACAAUUACGCCAAGAUUUAAGUUUUAAAUAUUCAGUACCAUCCUAUUAUAUUGAUUGGAGAAUUAUGUUAAUAAUUCAGCAUAAUCUUUUUAUUUGGUCUGAAGAUUCUGAAAAAAUAAUUAGUAAAAAAUAUGCAGAAAUGAUAUUAAUAGAAUAUAUUUGGAGCUUUUUAGAAAAAGAAUGGACCAAUGUUGCUGAUAAAUCUGUUUUAGAUUUUCAAGCGAUAUUUGAUAUAGUAUCAGAUAAAUUUGCAAAAACAUUAAAGAAUACUGGAAAUUUCCUAAAUGAUUUUACAAGAAAUGAACCUCUUGUAUUACCACAUACUUUGUGGUUUGGGCUAUUAGAUCUUGCACAAAAUCUUAUUCAAAAAACUACUCAAACAUCCACAUAUGGUCUUUGUUAUUAUCUGGCAAUUGAAUCACUUAACAAAGCUCCAAGCAACUUCAUUCAAUUUAAAGUAAUUGAAAUGUUAUUACAUUUAUAUAAUGUUGAUGAACAGAUGUUUUCAAUAAUUGAAGAUGAUUUUGAUCAAUAUAUACGAAAAUUAAAUGAAAAUAAAUCUGCAGAUUUUUCAGAAAAAUUCCAAAAUUUAUUAACUUUUGUUAAAGAAAAAUAUUUUGAAGAUUCUAAAAUUUUAAAUGACAGUAUAGGAAAAGGGGAAGAAAAAGGAAGAAGUUUAAAUCAAAAUAAAUGUAACAUUAUAGAUGUUAUAGCAGAUGAAAUGACAUGUCCAAUUAGUAAUGAACCAACAGAUCAAUUAUGUAUUUUAAAAUGUCAACAUAUAUUAUCAUUGAAUAAAUUAAAAAAUUUAAAACAAAAUAAAUGUCCUAUAUGUAGAGAAAAACUUGAAAAAAAUAAUAUUAGAUAUUUACCACAGAAUACUGUUUAUAAAAAUUUGUAUUUACAAUUCUUUGAAGCUGGACAUAUUUUACCAACUAUUGAAUUAGAAAAUUCAGAACAAAUAACAAAUGAUCAAUAUGAUAGUGAUUCAGAUAAUUCAGAAGUCGAUCUUAUUUUGACAAAAAAGAAGAAAUUUAUGAAAGCAAUUAAAUUAAAUUCAAAUAUAUUAUCAUCAAUAUUUUCAAAAGUUUCAAGAAAACAACAUCCAAUAUAUAAAAGCAUUAUAAAAGAAUUAAAUGGAAAAUAUUAUCGAAAAGCUGAAUCAUUGUGUAAAGAAUAUUUAGAACUUUUUCCUAAAAGUUAUUCUGUAAGAUGUAUUUUAGCUUAUAUUUAUAGAUGUCUUAAUAAUUAUGAACAAGCACAUUUAUAUUUAGAAGAAGCUAUUAAAUUAAAACAAAAACAACCAAUUGCAUAUUUUAUUUAUGGAGAUAUAUUUUUUUGGGAAGGUGAAUAUGAUAAAGCAAUAAAUAAUUUAAAUAUAUCAUUAGAAUAUAAAGUCAAAUCAAUCAUUAAUUUGCCGCACAUAAUACUUGGAAAUAGCUUUUUAAAAAAAUCUCAUUAUGAUAAUGCUUUAAAGAAUUAUAUUAUUGCAUUAAAAAAUGAUCCAAAUAAUAAUUUGUGUCUUAAGAAUUGUGCAUACAUUUUUGAAAAACAAGAAGAUUAUAUAAAUUGUUCAAAAAUAUUAGACAGACUAUUAAAUACUAAUGAUAAAGAUUCAUUAAUUUUAUGUUAUUAUGGGGAAAUUCUUAAAAAUUUAAGAAGGUAUGAUGAAGCAGUAACAUAUUUUACAAAAGCAAAUAGUAUAGAUCCAGAAAAUAUUCAUAAUUUGAAUAAAAGAGCUAUUGCAUAUUUUGUUCUCCAAGAAUAUGAAAAAACUUUAUUAGAUCUUGAUAAAGUUAUACAAUUGGAUCCAUCAAAUAAUUUAGCACACUAUAAUAGGGGCUUAACAUAUUAUUCAAUAGGAAAUAUUGAGAAUGCUAUAACUUCUUUUGAAAAAUGUGUAGAAUUAGACCCUGAUGAUAAUUUAUCAAAAAUUCAGUUACAUUACAUGGAAUAUUUGCAAAAGAGAAAUAGGUCUAAAGAUUUAAAACAUGAUAUUAUAACAAAAAUAGAUCAAAUUCUCGAAGAUGAUAAAUCAUUGUCUUUAAUAUGGUAUGAUAGUGAUUUAACCAAACUUGGAAUUUUUGAUCCUUUUAGCAGUUUUUUAUACGGAAUGAUGAGAAUUUAUUUUAUUACAAACUUUAUAAAUUUGAACAAUGAAUUUCAGCAGUAUCAAGUAAAUGAUACAAAUAGUCUAUCAGGACAGGUUUUGUCUUUUGAUGGUAAAACAUUUACUAGUUUUAGUUUACCCGAACUUCAUGCUUAUCGGCGUUGUGUUAUUUGGAAAAUAAAUGUUAAAAAGAUACUAUCUAAAGAUUGCUUUAUAAAACUUAUAAUUAAAUAUGAAAUAGAUUCAACGUUUAUGCAGGAUGAACAUGUUUUAAAAUUUGAAGAUGUGUUAAAACUUGAAGGAUUAGGCUGGAUUGAACACUAUUCUUUUAAAAUACCUAAAACCACCUAUAAAAUACAAAGAAUACAACCUUCAAUUGAAGUAAAUGGUCUUAAUAUGAAUAUAUUUAAAUUUUAUUAA